UCGGGCUCGCGCUGUGCGGCGCUCGGGUGACUGCCGUCUCGUGACGCGCGCGCGCAGAGACUUUAUGGCACGACUCGGCGCGUGAAUCCCUGCAGUCCGCCCACGUCUGUGUGUGUGUGUUUUAGUCUAAGUCUCUUCAGUCUCCUCCAGUCUUCUCUCCCGGACCGCGCGAGCGUCUGCACGCAGCCAUGGCGGGAGACGGCACCGAUCAGCGCGCGCUGCAGUACGAGCAGACCCUGAUGUAUGGGCGCUACACGCAGGACCUGGGUGUGUUCGCCAAAGAGGAAGCGGAGCGUCUGAGGGAGGAGGCGGCGUUCAGACGUCUGGUGAAGGAGAGGAGCCGAUCGCUCGAGCUGCUCGAGUACGAAAAGGGGCGCUGUGCCAAGUGCAAGAUCUGUACAGUUCACUGUCAGAAGUUUCUGAUCUCGCGUGUGGGAGAGGAUUGGAUCUUUCUCAUCCUGCUCGGACUCGUCAUGGCCCUCGUCAGCUUCGUCAUGGACUUCUGCAUCGCCAUCUGUCUACAAGCUCAGAAGUGGAUGUAUGGAGGUUUGGACAGUAAUAUGGUCCUGCAGUACUUGGCCUGGAUCACUUACCCUGUAGUUCUCAUCAGCUUCUCUGCCGGAUUCACACACAUCGUCGCACCGCAGGCUGCUGGUUCCGGUAUUCCCGAGAUGAAGACCAUCCUGAGGGGCGUGGUGUUAAAGGAGUACCUCACCCUCAAAACAUUUGUAGCCAAAGUCAUUGGUCUAACAUGUGCACUGGGUAGUGGGAUGCCUCUGGGCAAGGAGGGUCCAUUUGUGCACAUUGCGAGUCUGUGUGCAGCGCUGCUUUGCAAGUUCAUGUCCCUCUUCGGCGGAAUUUACGAGAAUGAAUCAAGGAACAUCGAAAUGUUGGCUGCUGCGUGUGCUGUGGGUGUCGGUUGUUGCUUUGCUGCCCCUAUAGGAGGCGUGCUCUUCAGCAUUGAGGUCACAUCCACGUUCUUCGCGGUAAGGAACUACUGGCGCGGGUUCUUCGCCGCCACCUUCAGUGCCUUCAUCUUCAGAGUGUUGGCUGUGUGGAACCGAGAUGAAGAGACCAUCACCGCUCUCUUUAAGACUCGUUUUCGCCUCGACUUCCCCUUCGACCUCCAGGAGCUCCCGGCCUUCGCCGUCAUUGGGAUCGCGAGUGGUUUCGGCGGAGCUCUGUUCGUUUAUCUGAACAGGCUCAUUGUCCAGUUUAUUAGGAAGCAGAAGGUGAUCAACAAGUUCCUCAUGAAGAAGCGUCUUCUCUAUCCUGCCCUCGUCACCCUCCUGAUCUCCACUUUGACUUUUCCUCCUGGAUUUGGACAGUUUAUGGCGGGCCAGCUGACCCAGAAGGAGUCUCUGGUGACGUUGCUGGAUAACCGCACGUGGGCGAAGCAGGGCAUCGCUGAGGAGUUUGAGUACGACGGUCACGCUGCAGCCUGGAAACACCCGCAGGCCAACGUCUUCAUCACGCUCGUCAUCUUCAUCGUGAUGAAGUUUUGGAUGUCAGCUUUGGCCACCACUAUCCCGGUACCCUGCGGCGCUUUCAUGCCCGUCUUUGUGAUUGGUGCUGCUUUCGGCCGGUUGGUGGGUGAGAGCAUGGCUGCUUGGUUUCCUGAAGGGAUUCACUCAGAUGGUGUUGUGUAUUCAAUUGUUCCUGGAGGAUACGCCGUAGUGGGAGCGGCAGCCUUAUCCGGAGCAGUGACACACACGGUGUCGACGGCGGUGAUCGUGUUCGAGUUAACGGGACAGAUCAGCCACAUCCUUCCCAUCAUGAUCGCUGUUAUUUUAGCGAACGCCGUGGCACAGAGUCUCCAGCCCUCCAUCUACGACUCCAUCAUCCGCAUCAAGAAGCUUCCCUACCUGCCUGAGCUCGGCUGGGGCCACCACGAGAAGUACAACAUCCGUGUGGAGGACAUCAUGGUGAGGGACGUGAGGUUCAUCACGCUCAACUGCACCUACAGGGACCUGCACGACGUCCUGCUGAGCGAGAGACUCAAAACAGUCGCACUGGUCGAGUCCUCAGAGUCGAUGAUCUUAUUGGGCUCGAUUGAGCGCGCUCAGUUGCAGGCGCUGCUCUCCCUUCAGCUCGGCCGGCCGCGGAGAAUCGAGUUCCUCCGGCAGCGCUCGCAGGACGAGAAGAAACUCCCGAACACGCACAGCAGCGAGGACUGCGUCCACAAGGCCAACCAGGAAGUCCGCUUCCAGAUCUCUACAGAGGAAUCCUCGUUCAGUCCCCCCCGCUCCAUCUCACCAAAACCACUGAAACCUGCACUGAAAAGACAAUCAGUGGUGGAGAGAGGUUCACAGAUUCCUUCCAAUCAGGAUUCGGGCAUCGCCUUAAAGAGUCUAUUCUGCGCCCACCCAGACAUUGAGAGGGCGGAGAUUUAUAACCUGGAGAACUCGGUGGCUCCUGAGUACAGGAAGCUCAAGCGUGUGAGGAUAUCGGUGGCGGAGGAAGACAUAGAGGACGACAUGACUAUGAGAGAGAUUGCUGAGUGGGAGGAGCAACAGCUUGAUGAGCAGGUCAACUUCAACAACUGUAAGAUUGAUCCCGCCCCCUUUCAGCUGGUGGAGCGCACAUCACUGCACAAGACGCACACCAUUUUCUCUCUUUUGGGUUUGGACCAUGCUUACGUCACCAGUAUCGGACGCCUCAUUGGGGUCGUAUCUCUCCGAGAGUUGCGUAAGGCCAUCGAGGGUUCUGUGACGGUGAAGGGGGUGAAAGUGCGCCCCCCGCUGGCCAGCUUCAGGGACAGCGGCACCAGCAGCAGCGACGCGGAAGUGACCGAACUCCACAAACUGUGGAACCGCCACACCAACAUGACGCUGCCGAGGGACCAGCUGCCCUCCGACUCGGACGAAAAAUCCCAGUGAAGAACAAAAAAAACAAAGGGAACUAAAGAACACUUAAGGGAAGAUGGAUGAAAGGAGACGGAUAAGACUCAGAAUUCAUUCGUGAAUUUUUUUCCGUCUGUUUCUUUUUAUUUUUCUACGGACGCUGAAUAGCUGCACACUCCUGGGCUUUUCCUGGAAAGUUCUGUAUCGGCGCCGCCGGUGAACGAUCGGCCGCACGGAUGUGAGCGCCGUAUAGUUCCUGUCCCGCCUCCUCUGCACUGAUGUCAUUUCCUGGUUGGAAGGAAAGGGCUGCUCUAGGAAACGCUAACACUCUGAAUUUAAAUAAUUUCAGACAAAUCUACGUGGUCGCUUUUCCACAGCUUCUCUCUGCUUCUCUUUGUUCUUCUUUCUGUCUUUGAUCUUCCAGUCUUUUUUAUCAUUAUUUUUUUUUAACAAUUCCUAUUUUUCUUAUCGUACAUGUCUGGGCGCUGGUUAGAGAUGCAAAGAGAUAUCUAGCGAUACUAGCGCAGUUUUUAACGCAGUCUUUUUAAAGUUGACGCCCACACGCUGCUCACACUUUGUUUUCUUUGUACACUGAAAGAUCAAUGCUUCGUUUUUUUGUGAAUUAUUCUGAAAUUCAGAUUGACAUCUUUAAUUAGCGGUUGUCCGUUUUGUACGCUAACCCUUCAUGUGAUUUUUUUUAUUUUAUUUAUUUUUUAUUCUGGCGCAGUCAUCAGAAACAGAUGAUUAAUAUCGUUCUCGUUAACUGCGAUGCACUUUGCUUUAAAAAAAAAAAUAGAAAAAGAAAAUAAAAGUUGAUUUGGGUGAAAAUUCACCAACACUACAAUCAACACAAUUUAUAUAAGCAUUAUUACCUGUAACUUUAUCUAAUUCUACACUGAUUUUUAUGUUUCGUCUGUUUCUAUUUAUUUAUUAAAAUAUUCUCAUUUUGAAAUCGUUCGAAAAACGCUAAAACUAGAUCCAAGCUAAAAUUCUCCUCUUUUUUUUUUUCCUCCAUCAAAUGGGAUUAACAUUCCGGUCUGCUGCACACAUCCGGAAUUUUAACACUGAUGUUAUUCUAACCUUCUGCUGCAUCUGGAGAACUUAAGGUUCUAAUUUCCAGAUAUGUUCCUCAAGUAACCUGUCCAUAUCUCAUCAUCUCAUCAGAUCAUACCCUUGUCUUACAUCUGUUGGAUCAGAUGUUCUUACUUACUACUGAAUAUUCCUUCUAUCUAAGAAUUAGAGCAUUUCAUAGGAACUUGAAUUCUGAAGGAUCUCGGGUUACUUUACAACCUGUACAUUUCUCUUCAUCUUAUCGGAACCAAAAUAAAGGACCUGCUUUUACAUCUGUUGGCUCAGAUUCUCUAACUUCCCAAUGAACAAUUCCUGUAUGUGUUUUCCAGAAUCUCAUAAGACCUUUUGUGAGCUUGUGAGACCUGAAAGAACUAACAUCGUGUCCAGCAGAACCAGAAUCUUCCAUUCCAACAUCUCGUUUUAUCAUUGUCUUAUUAAAUGUUUGUGGUGCCGUACCUUUUAGGAUCUGAGGUUCCAAUUUGAACAAGCAGAACCUAGUCAUGGAUACCCCAUAUCCUAAUUACAAGAAUCUCUUCCUUUUGGAGCUGGAGAAAGAACUUAAGCAUCUGAUGAGACCUUCUAAGUGUUUAGUCUACAGAUCAAACCACCCAACAUUUCAAAUAUCCUCCAUAUAUUACUUUAGGAUUCCCCCGGAGAACGUAGUCAUUCUUAUUUUUGGCCAGUCACACCUAUCAGUAUUUUCUUUGUUGAAGUCAAGAA